AUGAUUGAUGACACAUCAAGUGUGGCUGAUUCUAUGCACGACGGACCUAUUCGUGCUCAAACAGCGAAUGCAUCAUCCAGUGAUAGCGCAUCGAUUUAUGAUUCAACUGUUACUAGUGAUCAAGUAGCCGAUGAAGAAAUUACUUUGGAUGAAAGUAGCGAAGCAAUGGAUACAGUCCCCUCAGAUGAAAAUAUCGAUGAACAAGUCAAUGUUGUGUUUGCAAAAGAACAAAUUGUACCUCCAACGGUGACUAUUCGCGAAGCAGAUCUCACUGAAUUGUUCAUUCGACGCCACAUCGAAAUACCUGCAGGAUCCCGAUGCUGCAAGCUACAUCCUGUCGAUAAACGCCUGAUACCUGAAGCGUUCCAGUCUCUGGUACCACACAAAGUGCAAUAUCGACUUUUUUCUCGACAAACUCUUAUAAACCUCCUUAAAUCGUAUCGAACACGACUCAAUAGUAACAAACACCUUGAUUUUGACGAAUGCAAGUGCUUGACAGAUACUGAUUACAUCAAAUUGACUGGAUUUACUCGAGCUCAGCAUGCUCUUAUCUUGUCACAUAUACCUCCAACAUCUUUGAAGAAUUCAGCGACAAGAUCAGCUCGAUCUGCUCUGGCGUAUCUUUUAAUGAAAUUGAAACAGGACUUGAGCGAUUCGGUUUUAGCAUCUAUCGUCGGUGUAGACAGCAAACGCCAAAUGAGCCGUAUCAUAUAUGAGGCUCGAGUUGCGGUCUCUAAGCACUUCGUGCCUCGCUAUUUGGGUUUAGCUCACUUGGGGCACGGCAGGAUGUUAUCGACAAGCAUACAUCACCAAUCGCAAAUCGUUUAUUGA